AUGGAAGGAAUUGGAUCUACCUCGUACAAAGAUAUGCCUUAUGAGGCUGAACGGGAUCAUUUUGCGCAACUCUCCUGCGAUUCAGGUUCAGGGGGAGCUCACCCAAAUUAUACGGUAGAGAAUCAAUGUUUCUCCGAGAGCCAACAACUUGAAGCACUCGGUCAAUUUUAUGGGAUAGAAAGACCGUUUGGGGAUCUCCCAAGGCGAGAUUCAACCUCAUCACUACUUGAAGAUCUCCCAGCUUUGGAAAAUUAUUCGAUUGUGCCUUCUUCGCCAAGUUCCGCUAGUGACACGACUAUUGGCACUUCCCUAGCCUCUACAACCUCUGUGGACCCCCGACAGACCAGAGCUGCCAGCACUCGACGAAGGAAGAAAAGUAACGGUCCUGAAUUGUAUCCUUGUGAUUUUUGCCCGGUACGAAUGUCCCGGCUACACGAUAUUAACCGACAUAUGCGCUUGCACACAAACGAGAAGCCUUAUGAGUGUCUGGGAUGUGGCCAAUCGUUCCGUCGAACAGAUGCGAGAGCAAGGCACUGGGCCAAGGAUAAAUUAUGCUCAAGCGCUCAUAGUAUAAGGGAGCCUCCGGGCAUUCAGCCCCGGCAGAGGAUUACGCUCAGGACUCGCCAUAAUCUUACAACUCCACGGACAGACUCUGACAACGGCAGGGUCAACCAAUAG